CAGACAAUCACACAUCUUGCCAUCAUCACCACAUCUCAUAUCAACUCUCAGCCAAUGAUGGGCGACCUACACCCUUCCACCACCCCCAACGGUGACAAUGAACAAAAACCAAUCCCCAUCACCAUCCUCACCGGCUUUUUGGGAGCGGGCAAAACAACCCUCAUCCUCAACCUCCUCCCCCAACUGCGGGCCCUGAAUCCAAACUACACUUUGGCGCUCCUAAAAAACGAGUUUGGCGACCUCGCAGUCGACAGCCAGCUUGCCUCGUCUUCUUCCAUCUCCUCGGUUAAGGAACUGCUGAACGGGUGUAUCUGUUGUAACUUGGUAGGCAGCUUAUCCUCUGCCUUGAAAGAACUGAGGGAAACGGCGAGACCGGACAGGGUCAUCAUCGAGACGAGCGGGAGUGCGUUCCCUGCCACGUUGGCUAUGGAGGUUAAUAGACUGGG